GGGAUUUGAUUCGAAUCUUUCCCAAUAUACCUGUUCACUUCUUUUUUCCUCAUCGCUUCGUACCUCACGAAAUUCCCUCAAAGUCGGAUCCACUUCCGUUUGGAACUCACGCCGCCCGCCUCUCUCUGCUUCAAUCUUUAGAACGAUUACCACCUCCUGCCAUGUCGUUCUUUGGGUUCGACACAUCUCUGCCGAGGGAUCGCGGUCAUCCAGCAACGGCUCCUGGCUUCGCGCAGGCGACCGAUCAUUUCGCUGGGUUGUCUAAUGUUGACGGUGAUGAUGAUGACGAUGGGUGGGUUCCUGUUUACCGGAUAUUCGAGCCUUAGAGCCACUAACUCUCGGAGUGAAGAAUUGAUUUUGAGGAUACCUAUGACGGCCUUGGUGAUAAGCUGGACGAAAAAGACGAUGCAUUCAACGACGAGACUUUUGGUGCCCUGGAGGGAGCAAUAGGUAUUAGUUUCUUUUCGGAGAUGGCCCCUACGGAUAUAGGCUGAGGUCAAAAUUCAAAAUCUAGGGAAGGACUUUGACUUUCAUGGUGCGACCGCCCGAGUGGCAGACGCUAUGGAGGAGGAGCACGAGGUCUUUAACAGGUCAGCGAGGAAUCAGUCUGUCGCCAGAGUGGCAGCUGCCCCCACGCAACCCGCACGAGUCGAGCCUCCAACUCACGUGCCGGUCCUCCGCCCUGAUAUGUCUUUAUGGGGAUCCGGACCCGCUGCUACGCCUCAGCCCGAACCUCAGCCAGAGCCUACGCCAGUGGCGCCCCCAGUUGGGAGGAAGAUAUUAAGCCUGGAAGAGGUUGAGGCCCAGAUAUUAGCCAAUAAUGAGCAGAGACAUCAAUCCCCACCCCAGCAACCGCCCGCCCAGGGCCACCAAUUACCUCCCCAACAUCAGCAUAUACCCCCAAUGAUAACCCCUCAGUUACAUCAAUAUCCUCCCCAGCAGCAUGAUGUGCAUCAGCUUCACUCUCAGCAAUUUCCUGCACGCAUACAGAGUAUGCUCCAGAGAGAUCAGACCCCCCCUCAGGUUCAGCAUCACCAAAUUCCUGAGCAGCAUCCUGGGGGCGCGCCGCAACAGCAGCAGCAGAGAGUGCAGCCGAUGGGACAGCCAUUACAUCCCUCACGGAAUCAAUAUGGAAUGACGAACCAUGUCCCAGCACCGCAGUUGCAAAAAAUGACUGAGGCGGAGAAAGCUCGAUUUUUGGAGGAGGAGAGCAAACGUUUGAAGAGAAAUCACAAGAUUGCCCAGUUGGUGAGCAGAUAAUGGAGCAUCUACAUGGAUGAGUACGAAGCUUACAUAAUUGUUGAACAAAGGCACGGUAUAACGGUUUAAUGACCCCUGCAGACAAGAACUUUAUAACUCGCAUACAGCUCCAGCAUCUGGUAUCUAUCAAUAAUGCUGAGGAUAACGCUAAUGAGGACUUCUACUACAUUGUUCAUUCGGCAAUUCGGGCACGCACAAACCCUCAACAGCCCCUCAAUCAAUUUGCGCAGACCUAUCUUUUCCGUCAGAGCGCAAGAGGCAGAAAUAGGCAACAAGACAACCACCUGCAGCGGAUGGAGCAGCAAGUUCAGCGGGCUGUUGCGGCCGCCAAGGCUCGUCCAAAAGCCAGUCAGUUAGUGCUAGAAGGCAGUUUGGGAAAAAUCUCAUUUAGCAAUGUCAAGACGCCACGACCUAUGCUCAACAUCAAGAAGCCCGACGCUCCUCGUGGUGAGCCCAUAAGAAGGGUGAGUCCGCUAUCCUUCGGGGGAUGGUUACCAUACAUGCUGAUAUUUCUAUCUAGACUCAGCGUUCAACAUUUUCAAGCGCUGAUAGAAAAUCUUUGCUCAGGGCCAUUGAGAAUGUUUAUGAUGCGCUGCUAGAGUUAGAGGUUCAUGAACGCGAGAGGGCAAAGCUGUCAAUCCUGAUGCCAGAUCAACAGCCCCAGCAAGCACAUGUUGAAUGGGCAGCGAAAAGAGAUCAGCUAGUAACAAAGUUAUGGAAAGAAACCAAAAUUAGGGAGCCAAUUGACCCAACGUGAGAGAUCCAAUAUUUGCCAUUAGGGAUAUAGGCUAAUACCGUCCUUCAGAUCGACGGCCACUCAUCCUUUUAUCGCAAUUCUUUCCUAUUCGAAAAUGAAGCGGGCUGUACAACGUAUAUUCCGACACCUAGAUCCAGAGCAGCGUGUGACUAUUCUCACUAUGAUUGUUGUCCACCUGGAUAUCCUUGAUGUCGUGAAGCAUGGUGUAUACCUUCCAGAUGAGACCCAACUUCCCUCAGCUGUCCGUGAGGAGAUUGAAAUGUUUGCGGCGAGCGUUCUUCCGCCCUUGUUAGGCUAUGUUUAUGAAGCAUCUCUUUCGAUUGUUAUUGGGCUCCUGGGAAUACUCUUGGAACGUGUGGAUGUUGUGGCUGUCAGCAAGACCAAGAUCGGUCUUGCGUUUCUGACCAUGUUUUCUUCCAGAGCGGAAAUCGUCAAGCAAGCUGGAGGGGCGCCGGAAGACGAGCUCCAGCAAUGGCAGAUGAUGUAUGACAGGCUCUUUGAUUCUCUUCAAGGGCACUGGAUGGAAUGUUUCCCCCCCGGAAUGUUUGUCGAUGACGUCUACGUCUGGCAAUUUCUAGCGAGUAUUGCGGUUGGAGCCAACAUGCAUCAGCAGCAAGCACUAGUGACUGCAGUAAAGCAAGUCUCUUCAUUCCCUCUUUAAACAAGUGUUUGCCUCUAACAUACCCUGUUUUGUAGGGACCGAGUUAUGGAGAAUGUGAGGGCAAGUAAAACCUUACCGCCCGAGCUCGGUGCACAAAAGAGUGCAAAUGUGAAUCUCUUUAUGAGAGCUAUCGGACUGGAUGUUGAAUUGCUUGGG